AGCAGAAGUGGUCAAACUGUCAAGGUCGCUUCUUUCCAACUUGUGACUUCCCAGGAUGUUUUUCAGCUCAAUGACGUGAACCUGUAGAUGAUUUUCCUCGUUUCUCGUAAUUAUUCCGAUGGGGAACAUGUCAGGAGCGCAGCCAUAUGGAGGCCAAGUAACCGCCGCCAGAGGCAAACAAGCGCCUGUGGUCCACAGAGGAUCAUAAGGAAUGCCCUCCAGUGACGACACAGAAAGAAGGCACGGUCCUCAUAGCUGCCAAACGUCACUAAAUCCUUCACCAUGACACCCAGAGGCGGAGCUCCACCCCACAACCUCUUCAGCACCUUCUCUCCCGCCACCUCCGCGGCCUUGCCGGCGUUCUGCAGCAUCGACGAGUCAUACAAGUACAUCUUCCUCCCUAUCUGUUACUCCUUCACGUUCAUCUUCAGCCUCUCACUCAACGCCGUGGUCCUGUAUCGCUCCUUCCGCCGCACCAAGCGCUGGAACGCCUCGCUGAUCUACAUGGUCAACCUGGCCUCCACGGACUUCAUGUACGGCCUGUCGUUGCCCUUCCUGGUGGCAAGCUACGUCAUGCGGGACCGCUGGGUCUUUGGGGACUUCAUGUGCCGCCUGGUCCGCUUCCUCUUCUACUUCAACCUCUACGGCUCCAUCUUCUUCCUCACCUGCAUCUCCGUGCACAGGUACCUGGGGAUCUGCCACCCCAUGAAGGUCAUCCGCCUGGAGACCAAGAAAGCGGUGAAGUGCACGUGCAUCCUGGUUUGGAUUGUUGUCUUUGCGCUCACCUGUCCCAUCUUCCGCUUUGCUCAGACCGGUCAUGUGACCCGAGCGCCAGGACCACUGGGCCACAAUGUGAGCACUGCUGAUGACUUGUUAGCGCUCAGUGCUAACGGCAGCCAUGUUGUCUUUGGGGAGUACCAGAACUGUUGGGACGACGCUAUAGACAAGGAGUUCUCUGAUUAUGUCCCCUAUGGCAUCAUUCUCCACUUGCUGGGCUUCUUUGUCCCGUUCUCCAUCAUCGCCUGGUGUUACUCCCACGUGGUCCUCACCAUCUUCAAGACGCUGCACUCUCAGCCUUCUUCACGAAGAGGAUAUGCCAGUGUGGACAGGAGCACCUUCGGAAGACGAGGAAACAACAGAACACCCAGGUCGCCAGAAAGGGAGGAAGGUGUUUCCAUUUUCCUGGGCACUAACUCGCCGUACGCCAGCCGCAGACGAAAAUCCAUCAGAACCAUCAUCACCAUCACCCUCCUUUUUGCUCUGUGCUUCUUCCCCUUCCACGUGACCAAGACCAUAUUCCUGCUCUUGAAGGUGACAAAGGGAGUUCCAUGCCACACCAUGACCAUGGUGUCCAUGUGCUACAAGAUCACCAGGCCUUUGGCGUCCUUCAACGCCUGGCUCAACGCCCUCCUCUACUUCCUCACCAAAGACAAGGGUGGACCACACUGCUGCCCCACCGUCAACGCCGCAACACAACAUGGGAGACCUCUGCUGCCCCUGAGGAUGAUGGGAAAGGGGGAGGAUGUGGAGGAGGGGCCUGUAGUCAUUCCACAACAGCUUGUCAUACACGAACAAAGCAAAAGUCAUAUAUUUGGUUGA